UCUAGAGCCCAUGCCUGGGAUUGUCUUCAACAAUAUUCAUUGGCCAGUGGACCGUCAGUCACACCGUUACUCUUUUGUCUGAAGAUCUCACCAACUUCAGUAGUAAGCACUCUAUUGUACACAAUGAGUAACAUGGUGACAGAGAUUUUGGCCUUUAUUCUCACCACGUCUGGCUGGGUCCUGAUCUCCUCCACCAUACCCACGGAUUACUGGAAGGUGUCCUCUCUGGAUGGCACGGUCAUCACCACAGCUACCUUCUGGUCCAACCUGUGGAAGACCUGUGUCACUGAUUCAACAGGAGUCUCCAACUGCAAGGACUUUCCCUCCAUGCUGGCACUGGACGGCUACAUCCAGGCCUGCCGGGGUCUGAUGAUCACUGCUGUAUGUUUGGGCUUCUUUGGUGCUGUCUUCGCCUUGGUCGGAAUGAAGUGCACCAAGAUUGGGGGAUCAGACCAAAGCAAAGCCAGGACAGCUUGCAUUGCCGGGGUCAAUUUUAUACUCAGCGGUCUCUGCUCGUUGUCUGCAUGCUCCCUGUAUGCACACAGGAUAACAUCUGAGUUUUUUAACCCCAUGUUUGUCGCUCAGAAGUAUGAACUGGGGGUUGCCUUGUUCAUUGGCUGGGCAGGAUCUAUCCUUUGUAUUCUGGGAGGGGUGAUACUCUGCUUCUCAAUAGCAGAUAGUUCCACUACAAGUCACACAGGCUAUGCCUACAGAGGAGCUGAAUCUAAUGUUUCUUCUCACCCUAGAGGGCAUACACAGCCCAUGAGCCAGAGGCCUCCACCAGAGUACAGUAGCUCUUCUAGAGUACAGCACUUUGAUAAGAAUGCCUAUGUAUAAGGAAUGAUAGGACAAAUGCAGAACCUGAACAGCGGCAUGGUCUCAAGAGGCCGAUUUACUGCCAUACCAGUUAAAAGGAGGAGAAAGAAUGUGCUAAAUGACUGGCUGGCCCAUUGUGUCACAAAUGAUGAUAGAUCAGAAAGAGAUCACUUUAUAUUGGAGUUGAUCCCCCUGUUCACCUAUUUAUGAUAGCACUAAUUUCUAUGCUGAGCCCAAUGGAAAUCAGAGCCUUUUUGAGUUCAUAAGAGAUUGGCUGAGAUUUUUGGCUUUGAUAUUUACUUUAUAAUAAUAUGUGAGCCUUCUGGUAGACCUAUGCUGCGAAUCGAAAUAGUGUCAAUAAUAACCCCUUUUCUGUACAAUUGUUGAGUUUUUAAAAAAUGUUUUGAUAAUUGUUUGACAUUAAAGCGAGGAUGUGAACUGUUAUAUUUUGUCACGUCUUGACCAGUGAAAAGGGUCAUUUUGCCAUAGUAGUAUGGUCAGGGCGUGGCAGGGGGGUUGUUUUGUGUGUUUUGGUGUUUGUUAGUUUCUAGGGGAAUGUGUUCUAGUUUUCAUUUUCUAUGUUUCGUUUUCCAGGUUUGGCCGAGUAUGGUUUCCAAUCAGAGGCAGGUGUCUUUCGUUGUCUCUGAUUGGAAGCCAUACUUAGGCAGCCUGUUAUCCUUUGGGUUUUGUGGGUGGUUAUUUUCUGUUUAGUUGUUUUACCUGACGGAACUGUUGGUCGUUGUUAUUUUGCUGUUUAAGUGCUUUCAUUCAUAAAAUAAAUUAAGAUGAGCACUCAA